AUGCGCUGGACAGCACAUCUGAGGUCACUCGAACGAGCAGCACAGCAGAAAUCAAGCUUCGACGCAAACUCGAAAAUCGUCCGCUUUAGGAUCGGCGACCUGGUCCAGUGGUAUGAUUCGGAAGCAGACAACAACCGCCUGUCGGUGAACAAGCUGAAACCACGCUGGUCGGCCCCGGUGCAGAUAUAUGCGCAACACCUGAACUCUUUCUCUCUCUGCGACCUGGAGGGCAAACCGCUAGGGAAUCUCCAAUUUGUGCAUUCACGACGACUACGGCACUACAUCCCGCUACGCGAUUCGACCCUGGACCAGAAACACCCGCGAGAGGGGACAACAGCAGACCCCACGACUCAGGACCUGGAGAUUGCGGCAGCAGAAGAACGGAUGGCAGAGGAGGCAUGGAGGUCGACUCUCUAA